UCCGGACGCAACGACGCCGGUCUGCUCCGGUUUCGCGCGGCGCCCUUGGAAUCCCGACGGACGACCCUCCGCGCGCGUGAGACAGACAGCUCUCUUUCUCUCUCUCUCUCUCUCUUUCUCUCUCGAAGGUGCACAAACGGAGAGAGUGCAGCGUCUUCUUCACCCUCGGCUCCGAGCCUGCCGUUUCCUCGAUCGAUACGACGAUCGUCGGCCUCCCCCCGGAUCCGUCCGUUCGCGCGUACGUGUCCCCCUCUCCCCCCUCCCACCCGUCCGUCGCCUGCACGGCCGGGACGGGAUCGUCAUUGAGAUGCGCGCCGCUGUCAAAAAUCGCCGUCGAAAUUCGACCGCGCCGCCGGUACGGGAACUCGUGGUAAUCGCGACCGCUUUCGGCGACGGCUCCGAUCACGCGCGGCCUCCUCCUCCUCCUUUUCCUCCUCCGCCGCCGUUCCGGACGGCCUGAACUUUAUACUCCGGGUCCUCCGCUCGGCGCCACGUACUACGACGACACGCACGUUUCUUUCUCCCCGCAGUGAGAGAGAGAGAGAGAGAGAAAAAGAGAAAGAGAGGAGGACGAAGAAGGAGAGAAUUGCCUGUGCGAUUGUAAAAGACGGCACGUACGUACGUACGUACGUAGGGACGCGCGCGGGGAGCGCGCGACAGGAGCUGACCGAUCCGCCGUCGCCGCCGCCGCCGUUGCGUCACGCCGGAGGUUUUUAGUAGUCUCGAGCAGAACGAGGCAAGAUGCCGGCCGUAAGAGGAGAUGGUAUGCGCGGAUUGGCGGUAUUCAUAUCGGACAUCAGGAAUUGCAAAAGUAAAGAGGCGGAAAUUAAGAGAAUCAACAAGGAACUAGCAAAUAUACGCAGCAAGUUUAAAGGAGACAAAACACUCGAUGGAUACCAAAAAAAGAAGUACGUUUGCAAGCUGCUGUUCAUCUUCCUUCUCGGCCAUGAUAUCGACUUCGGACAUAUGGAAGCCGUCAAUCUACUUUCGUCAAACAAGUAUUCGGAGAAACAAAUUGGAUAUCUUUUCAUAUCGGUCCUAGUGAACACUAAUAGCGAUUUGAUCAAGUUAAUUAUACAGAGUAUUAAAAACGAUCUCGCCUCACGCAAUCCGAUUCAUGUUAAUUUGGCGUUACAAUGCAUCGCCAAUAUCGGCAGCAAAGAGAUGGCAGAAGCCUUCGGCAAUGAGAUCCCAAAAUUGCUCGUCUCAGGAGACACUAUGGACGUCGUGAAACAAAGUGCCGCGUUGUGUCUUUUACGAUUAUUACGGACGGCUCCUGACGUCGUACCCGGCGGCGAGUGGACGUCGCGUAUAGUUCACUUACUGAAUGACCAACAUCUAGGCGUCGUAACGGCUGCGGCGUCGCUCAUAGAUGCUCUCGUAAAAAGAAAUCCCGACGAGUAUAAGGGUUGUGUUAGUCUAGCGGUUUCGAGAUUAAGUAGGAUUGUUACAUCGAGUUAUACAGAUCUGCAGGAUUACACAUAUUACUUUGUACCAGCCCCAUGGUUAUCUGUCAAGUUGCUACGUCUGCUGCAGAAUUAUACACCACCAGCUGAAGAUCCAGGUGUGAGAGGCAGAUUAAACGAAUGUUUAGAAACAAUAUUAAACAAAGCUCAAGAACCACCAAAGUCGAAGAAAGUCCAGCACUCAAACGCAAAGAAUGCUGUACUGUUUGAAGCCAUUAGUUUAAUUAUUCACAACGACAGCGAACCGAAUCUUCUUGUACGAGCGUGCAACCAGCUUGGCCAAUUUUUAUCGAACCGCGAGACUAAUUUGCGAUAUCUGGCACUCGAAUCUAUGUGCCAUCUAGCUACUUCGGAAUUCUCGCACGAAGCCGUAAAGAAACACCAAGAAGUAGUCAUAUUGUCAAUGAAGAUGGAGAAGGACGUUUCUGUGAGACAGCAGGCGGUAGACCUGUUAUAUGCCAUGUGUGAUAAAAGUAACGCUGAAGAGAUUGUCCAAGAAAUGCUAAAUUAUUUGGAAACGGCUGAUUACUCGAUUAGAGAAGAAAUGGUCCUUAAAGUAGCGAUUCUAGCGGAAAAGUACGCGUCCGAUUACACCUGGUACGUCGACGUUAUCCUAAACUUAAUCAGGAUAGCGGGUGAUUACGUCUCCGAGGAAGUUUGGUAUCGAGUUAUUCAAAUCGUUAUUAAUCGAGACGAUGUUCAAGGUUAUGCUGCGAAAACCGUCUUCGAGGCACUGCAAGCACCCGCUUGUCACGAAAACAUGGUUAAAGUUGGUGGCUACAUACUCGGCGAGUUCGGUAAUCUCAUAGCUGGUGACCAACGGUCUUCUCCAGCUGUCCAGUUUCAACUACUACAUUCCAAAUAUCAUUUAUGCUCUCCUAUGACUCGAGCAUUGUUGCUUUCGACGUACAUAAAGUUUGUCAAUCUGUUUCCUGAAAUACGAAGUCAGAUACAAGAUGUCUUCAGGCAGCAUAGUAAUCUACGUAGCGCAGACGCUGAGCUGCAACAGAGAGCAUCGGAAUACUUGCAAUUGAGCAUUAUCGCUUCAACUGAUGUCUUGGCUACCGUGUUGGAAGAAAUGCCGGCGUUCCCCGAAAGGGAAUCGUCUAUUCUUGCAGUUUUAAAGAAGAAGAAACCGGGUCGGGUACCAGAGAACGAAAUCAGAGAGAGCAAAAGUCCAGCGCCAAACACUAAUCAUCACACUGAAACUCCUGCUGUCGCUACAACCGCGACAGUUAAUAAUUCCUCUGCCGAUCUACUAGGAUUGUCCACGCCACCUUCGUCUCAACCGUCUAGUAAUACAGGCGUGUUGCUCGAUGUUUUGGGAGAUAUUUAUAAUAUGCCAAAUAAACUUGGUGCUCCUAAUGGCACUCAAAAUACAUACAAUCCUAAAAAGUUUGUUUGUAAGAAUAAUGGUGUCUUAUUCGAGAAUGACUUAAUACAGAUCGGUGUAAAAUCGGAAUUUAGACAAAAUCUUGGACGUGUAGGUCUUUUUUAUGGUAAUAAAACACAGUACGCAUUGCACAGUUUUCAACCACAACUGUCUUGGGCAGACGAGAAUCAGGCGAAAUUAGCUGUACAAGUAAAACCUGUUGAUCCUAUAUUGGAAGCAGGUGCUCAGAUCCAGCAAAUGAUUAAUGCGGAAUGUAUUGACGACUAUAAUGAUUCGCCGAGCAUGCUUAUCUCUUUUAUUUACAAUAAUGUGCCACAGAAGAUCACGAUGAAGUUACCAUUAACGAUUAACAAGUUCUUCGAACCGACAGAAAUGAAUGGAGAAUCGUUCUUCGCGAGAUGGAAAAAUCUCGGCGGGGCUAAUCAACAACGAUCGCAAAAGAUAUUUAAAGCGCAGCAACCGAUGGAUCUAGCACAAGUACGCACGAAAUUACAAGGAUUUGGAAUGCAGCUGCUUGACGGAAUUGACCCAAAUCCGGAUAACUUUGUCUGCGCCGGUAUUAUUCAUAUGAGAGCGCAGCAAGUUGGUUGCCUGUUACGUCUUGAACCUAAUAAACAAGCCCAGAUGUUCCGUUUAACAGUACGUUCGAGUAAAGAAUCGAUGUCAGUAGAGAUCUGUGACCUGCUGGUGGACCAAUUUUAAACGGCCUAGCAGGCGUAAAUAUUAUCAAGAAAUUAGUAACUACGUCGUGAGAGGACAUAUCAUUAUCGAACGGUGAUGUCAUCUCGCGUCGUUCAAAAAGAUACUGAUGGUUAUUUGUUAAGAAAUAUUUGCGUUGUACCCAAGCUUACACUCAUAACGCUCUUAUAUAAGAUCUAUAUCUUCGUGUAGGUAGAGAAUUUCGUGUUACUGUAUAUCAUUUUAUGAUGAAGAGGCACAAGUUUGAAUCAGGACUAUUGAAAUCAGGUACGGAAAGAAUGCGAGGAAUAUGUAUAUGAACUGGCUAUGAUAGACAGUAUUAUCUCAUAAUUGAGGAUACUAAGGUGUGGAUCUGUUUUGAAUGCGUCUAUAUCUUACGUUACAAUCUACAAUUUAAGCGAGAAUACGAAAUGGGAAGAAAGAAAAUGAAAAGCUAGAUAUUUUAGCUGUGGAUAUGUACGUAUUGUAGAAACACUCGAGCCGCAUCAUAGAAGCAAAGUAUAUAAGAUUUUUUUUUACUGAGUUUUAUAAUACAAGUUUCCCUCCGAAUCGUUACACAAUUGAUAUAGUUUUUAAACAUCGAUUGACAGAUCUUUGAUCGUUAAGAGUAGAACAUCUCUCUUUGCACAUUACCUUAUUUUAUUUCAUUUUGUACCUACGCGUUGCGAGUUUUGUUCAUAUUCAUGAAUUGCUUGCAUAGAUAUUUUGCCAUGAGAUUGCCGCGUGAGCGAGAGUAGAUUUGGGCACAACAAUAAUUGUAUAAUAUGAGCUGUUUAUCUAUAGAUAUCCUUAUAUUUAACGGAACUGCAAAUUAAUCAUUGUGUAUAAUUAAUAGUUUAUAUUUAAUUGUCUCUCUCUUGAUUUUGAUUUUGAACAAUGUCCUAGAUUUUCUAUAUCAUUGAUAUUUUGUAUAUCAUUGAUGUAUAAAUCCAUGGCUGGUUAUUUCUAUAUUUGCAAGCUGAAAUGGAAGGUAUUAUCGUACAUUAUAUUAAUUAAAAUUUAAAUGUUUACAUGUUAUUUGUAACUAUAGAAGUACAUUUUAUUACCUUCAGUCUUGCGUAAGAUGUAUAUUUCGGUAGAAUGUACUCUCUGUACAGAAUAUUUACUAAUGUGUUGAAGUUUUGCGGAAUCUGUUUUUUAUAAUAAUAGCGAGAAGAGCAGCUCUAAAUAUGAUUUAAAUGUUGCUUUAUAACAAUCGCUGACACAUUAUCGGUGACCGAUUUUAUAAAGCUUCACAUACAAUUGUACAUAUGAAAUUUAUUACAAAUGGCUAUAAACAUUUUCAAGAUAGAUUGUGUUAUUCAUAGCCAUACAAGCUCAAAUUUGUUUCUUCAAUUAUGCUUUAUUUUUCAGGGAAGUAAGAUGUAUAUUUUUCAUAUUCAUGUAGUGUAAAUCCAUGUCUAAUAUUUCCCUUGUAUUCCUUUCUAAUAUUUCCCUUGUAUGCCUUUUCCCUUAGAUAUAGUAUAUUAGCUCUACUUUAAUAUAGUAUAUACAGGUCGAGAGAACAUGGCACUAUCAGUUUUUUAUGACUUCAUUUAUUGCAUAAUGAGAUUUUAUUAUUAUUAGCUUUCCCUAUUUUGUAAUAUUAUUUUACAAUACAGAUAUUUUAUUAUUAGAUAUACUAUUACGAUUGUUAAAUCAUAAGUAAUGUGAAACGAAAACGAUGGGAGUUUUAUAUUUUCAUUCCUCUCGAUCUCAUAAAAUAAUUCAUAGUUCAGAAACUAUUAUAUACAGAAUGUAAUAUUUUUUUUCAUUUAAACUACCUAUAUUAAUUGCUAUAAAAUUUAAUUUACACCAUUAAUACGUACAAUCCAAGCUAAAAGUAAAAAGAGAAAGAGAGAGCAUAACAUUUACUGUGUUAUACUAUUAUAGAUAUUUCUUAAGUAUAAAUGUAAUAUAUGUGAAAUUGUAUAAUUUAUUUACUAUAUGUAUAUACAUUUUAAAUUAGUAAUUUUUUUUAGAUUGAUAAUUAAGAUAUAUGUUGAAGAGUUUACAUCAAAAUUUUUAUCUUAAAAAUCUAAAAAAUCAAGAAAAAUUACAAUAAGAAGAUACAAAUGUUCAUUUUUUUACUACCGUAAUCAUUGAGUUAUUUGUCUGUUAGCGUUUCACAAAUUUAAACAUUCCUUCAUGACAGUUUUCUUGUUUCUUGUUCUUUUCUCCAGGAUUCAUGAAGUACUGUAGAACUGUGAUUUUCAAUAUCUUUUAAUCCUUAAAUCUUUUUCUUAAUAAGAAAUUCUUAAUGGACCGAAGAGAUGAAAAUUUGAUGAGAAAUUUUAUACAUCUUCUCCCACUUCUACAUAUAUUUUAAAGUGUAUAUAAUUUGAAAUGAAAAAAUAUAUUAUAAUAUUUCAUUUCCAUAAUACAUAUAUAAAUAAUACACUUUAAAAUAUUUAAGUUCAUAAAUUUCUCUCUUCAAACUAUACAUUAAAAAUAUUUUGUAAUUUUUAUUGAUUUUAUACGUACAUUAAAUUUUUAUUAAUGAAUCUCAUAAUGUAUACAAGUUUUUACGUCGUUUUUAUCGAGCUUUAUUCUUCCGAAUUUUAUGCGUCUAGAAGAAUUUACAAAACUGAUUGACGUGGACCCUCGACCAACUAUUGACCACCAGUCAUGGAUUUUACGAGUAACUUUAAUAACGUUACGUUUAAAAGAAAGACACAGUCAACGAUAUUUAUAACAACACCCUUCAUUCGUAUUAUUAUAUAGAGCCCGCGUUUAUUACAUAGAAAUGAGAAUCGUGUUGCGCUUAGAUUUAAAGGGCCCAUGCACGAUCCAACGGUUUACGUUGCAAAAGACUAUUGCACGAAUUCAAAUUCGAGCUAUGCGUAAAAAUUAAAUACAUUAGAGAAAUAUCACACUAAAUUUAUGCAGAUCGAUAGAUCGUGCACGGGCCAUUUCACAUUCAAAUGAAAGUUGCGUUAAUAUAUAUAAUAUACAUACCUUUAUAUUAUAAAUAUAUGAAUUAUAUAUAUAUAUAUACAUAUAUAUAUAUAAAUAUUAAGAAAAAUGUGUGGCGACACACAGUUGUUAGAUUAUCACGCGGCGAUGCUCCGAUCUCCUGUGACGAUCGGUAGCCAUCGAUGUCGAAUACGAUACGAUAUAUUUGACUGCGACACGUGCUGAAUAUUCGAAUAAUUCGAAUAUCUCGAAUGUCCAUCCGCGUGAUUCGUUGUUACCUGUUUGGAAACUCUUCGAUAAGCCGAAUACUCACAAAGCCGUGCAAAGCAACGCGAUAUGAAAUAACUCCGUGAUUAAUCGCGUCCCGCGUCUUGCAUUUGAUUGCCUAUCGCCUCCUACUUUACUCGAAUUAUUUGCGAACAUCGAGAUAUUCUAAUAUUCGGACAUUCAAAUGUGUAGUAUUAAAAAAUACUCGUUUGUUCGCGAGAGAAAUUAACAAACAAAAAAAAAAGAGUGUCUGACCGUUGCGCGGAAGUGUCUACCUUUUCGCGUCCGUUGUUCUAUGUCGUUGUCUCCUUUUCAUUGCGGUCUAAUCGUGUACAGAUUUAAUGUAGAAAUUGAGUAGACUUAUCGCGAGAGCAACUGCCGAAAUGGUGAUGAGCGCGAAAAAAAAGGAGGGGGGGGAAGACGCAAGUGCGGGGCUACACGAGCCGCCUCGUUCGCGCUUAUGGGCGAGCGUGUUGUAUGAUAAUAGUAUAUUGCGACUUUCGUCCCGUUGUAAUUAACGAGGCUCAUCGUAUUUAUUUCCUCGUUUUAGGAAGGCAUAUAUGCAUAUGCAUGGGAGUCGUACGUACCGCGUGGUGACCUCGAGGUCAAAUCGAAGUUGUACGAGCGUACAUUGAUCUUGAUCUCCAGCUGCGAUUAACUGUGUUACGUUACCCUUGUCUUGAUGCGCGGCGGGUUUUUCGUAGGCGGAUUUUUCGUUCUAGUUAUGCACGUGGCACAUAUCGUUCGAAUACACUUUCCUUUGUAUACAUAUAUUGCAAACUCGUCAUUCAAUUUAAUGUUCCAUUCGAAUUCCGAGCUUCGCAGGUAGCUUCACAGAAGUUCGAGAGAAACCAACUGUAGUUUCUACAUUCAAUCUUUACGCGAAAACAACUGUUUAAGUUCCGUAGUAGCGUGCGUUCGUUUUCGUCCCUCUUUCUCUCUUCCGAAUAUCGCUCUUAGCCGGAUUCCUAUGCAGAAUAAAUCGUGCAAGCGUUCUUUCCUGGAUCACCGAUUUAUUUUGUAUCGUUUAGCUUUGUAUGUACAUGUACGUUUUUAAGACAUUGAUUUAUAUCAUAAAAUAAUAUAUAUACAUAAAUAUUAUCUCUCAUACAAAAA